AUGGCGGAUAAGAAGCUUGAUCUCCCCGACGAUCUCAUCAUCCCGUCUAAGCAGUCCUCCGAUCAGUCCUCGACUCCCAAAGGUAAUGAUGAGGAAAAAACCAUGUUAGGGUUAGUUGACGAUCCCAAGGAUCAAACUUCGGAUAGCAUUCCUUUGUCUCCACAAUGGCUUUAUGCUAAACCGAGUGACUCCAAAAUGGAAGCCCGUGGACCUAGUUCUCUGUCUCUUGGAAGCUCUGCUGAUUCAAAUCAAAAGGAUGGUUGGCGCGGAGAUGCAACGGAAGAAAAAAAGGAUUGGAGAAGAAGUACGACUGAGGCUGAUAGCGGUAGGCGUUGGCGCGAAGAAGAAAGGGAAACUGGUUUGCUUGGUCGAAGGGACCGUAGGAAGCCAGAGCGUAGAGUUGAUGCUGCUUCAGGGAGAGAGACAUCUGAAAAUAGAGUGUUACCGGCUGCUGAGAGAUGGCAUGAUGGUAGUAACCGCAAUUCUGGGCUUGAGGCCAGGCGUGAUAAUAAAUGGUCAAACAGGUGGGGUCCUGAUGAAAAAGAGAAAGAAUCUCGACCUGAAAAGAAGGUUGAUGUGGAGAAGGAAGAUGCUACCAAUGAGAAUCAGUCCUUUGGGGUUACUGGUCGCUCCGUUACAGAACGCGAACCUGAUUCUCGUGAUAAGUGGAGACCUCGGCAUAGAAUGGAUGGAAAUGUUGGUGCUUCAGGCUCAUACCGUGCUGCACCUGGAUUUGGACCUGAGAGGGGGCGAGUGGAGGGUUCAAAUGUGGGUUUCACUUUAGGGCGUGGACGGGGUAGUGUACCUGUUUCAAGUUUAACAGCCAGUGAAAGUGUUCCAGGGAAGCCGAAGUUAUCAGCUGGUUCAUUUUUUUAUCCAAGGGGCAAACUCCUUGAUAUUUACCGCAGGCAAAAGCUGAAUUCAUCCUUCUUUAAUAAACCUGAUCAUAUGGAUGAUGUACCCUCAAUUACGGAAGUAAAUCACGUUGAGCCAAUAGCAUUUGUUGUUCCUAGUGUGGAAGAGGAGUCUAUCCUAAAUGAUGUGUCAAAGGGUAAAAUUACCAGUAGCGGAGUGUCAUACAGUUCGUUUAGAAAGGGCAGAUCAACUGAUGAUGUUGCAGAAGUGGUAGAUCUAGAAGCCAGCAAUGAGAAGCAGGUGGUCUUCCCUGCAGAUAUUGCCGAAGAAAAUUUAGAUACAUUCAUCAGAUUGCCAAAUGAGAAUAUUCAGGGACCCAGUAUUCAGAGCAAAUUACACAUCAGUGGUUCUGCUAACUUGGUAGAUGAGAGGGAUGCCAUCCACCGGGAAAAAGGAAAUGUGUCAGAGGGUCUCAGGACUGUCUCUGAGCAAGCGAUAUUGAAUGUAGCUAAACUCGACAGUGGCGGCAACGUCAACCUUGGACAUCAUCCUGGUUUGGAUGUUGCUAGACCUGGUGGAUCUUUUGAUGAUGAUGAUAGGCUUUCAAAUGACCCUAACUCUCUGUUUGCUGGACCAUCUUCAGAUCGUUAUUGGGAUGGAAAUAUACAUAGUUUGGGUGGUGGAACUUUUGAUAAUCAUUUAGACAAGAGUAUCCCACCUGAGGAAUUAACUUUGUUCUAUCGUGAUCCCCAAGGAGAAAUUCAAGGCCCAUUUCUUGGAGUUGAUAUUAUCACAUGGUUUGAGGAAGGGUUUUUUGGAGCUGACUUGCCUGUGCGCUUGGCAGAUGCUCCUGAAGAUUCACCUUUUUAUGAAUUAGGUGAUGUGAUGCCGCAUCUUAGAUCUGGCCUUGAUUUAGCUGGUACCAGUAAUUUGAACUCUGUUGCAGAACAGUCUUCGGCAUUGGAGUUGAAAUCCGAGGCUGGCAUGCGUACUUCUGGUCCUCAUCCUGACAGUAUUUCUUCUGGUGCUUUGGAUGGUUCAAGCUGGCAAUUUUCUCAUUUUGAUGGUAUUCCAGAGGAUGUUCGUCUAAAAAAUAUUGAGCUCCAAAGUCAAUCACACCUUCCAUUUUCAGAGGGUCAGAAGUUCCAAAAUUUUGUGUCCCAGGAUGAAGAGAUUUUGUUUCCAGGAAGACCUGAUAGUGGUGGUAAUCCUAUAGGGAAGGCUUCAAACAUGGCCGAAUCUUCAAUUAAUACCAACCCGUCUUUUCCAGCUGAAUUGACAGAGCCUGGUAUUUCGAAGCAAAAUAAUAAGCUACAUCCUCUUGGGUUGUUGUGGUCUGAGCUAGAAGGUGGCCAUACAAGGAAUGAUCAGACAUCAAAUAUUUCUUUCAAUGGAGGUUUUCAGGAGCAAGCUAUUAAUUCUCUUUCUGGGAGGACUGCUCCUUUUGGUGGAAUGGCUGAAUCAACUCGAGCUAUUGAUUCAUGGCCGGAUUUUCGUCGCAGAGCUUCUCUAUCUGAAACCAACAGUUAUCAAGAAACAUUAGAUGUUCAGCAACAAAUAUCUCGUAUGAAUCUUGAGUCUAACCGCUUUGACGCACCAGAUAAGCUGCUUUCUCAACAAUAUUCACAGUUUUCGCAGCAGCAUAACUUACCAUCUCAGAAUACACACCUGGAAGAAGCUAUGCUUGAAAGGGUAUCAAAUCACAAUCCGGUGCAUCAACCUUUGUCAGCUCAGGCUGAGCUUGAACAGAUUUUCGCGAUCCAGCAACAACAGCAAAGGCUUCAGCAGCUUCAACACCAGCAGCAACUACAGCAGCAGCAGCAGUUGCAGCAGCAACAGCAGUUUCAUCAUCAAAUGCUUCUAAAAGAGCAGCAGGAGGCUCACGCUCGACAGCUGCUUGCUGAACAAAUGAUGCAGAGCCAAAUGCGUGAAUCUAUUCGUGCUCAAUCACGCAAUGAUGCUAUUAGAGCGAAUUCUCUCGAACAGGUCUUCUUGAAGCAGCAAAUUUUGAAUGAACUUCAGCAGCGUUCCCAUCUUCCUCCUAGACACCCAGAAGCAUCCCUUGAGCAUCUCAUUCAGGCUAAGUUUGGUCAAGCUCCCCAAGUGCAUUCAAAUGAACUAUUGGAGCUCUUAUCACGUGCAAAACAUGGACAAUUGCACCCACUAGAGCAACAGAUCCUUCAGCAAGAGCAGCUUCAUGGGAGGCAGUUGGCUAUGGGAUUGCGACAUCGAAUGGAAAUGGAAGAUGAUAGACAAGCUGGUGGUGCAUGGCCUAUUGAAGAAAACAGUCAAUUUCUCCGGAAUCCUGCUGGUUCUCAUCGUCCUAACCCUGCCGGAUAUGGACAAUUGGAAUUUUUCCAGCAACAACAGAUCCCAUCUCCUGAUGAGCAUCUCAGUCAUCUGGAAAGAAAUCUCUCCUUACGAGACAGACUCCAUUCCGGGCUUUAUGACCCUGGCCUUCUACCAUUUGAACGAUCAAUGUCGCUACCUGGUGGUCCUGCUGGAGCGAAUUUGGAUGUUAUUAAUUCGCUUGGUCGUGCUCAAGGCUUAGAGGAAUUGGGUGCCCGACUGCACCCUAGUGGUCAAGUUGGGGGGUUCUCAUCAGGUGUUUAUUCUCAUCACUCUCAGCAUCUUCCCAGUCAGUUUCGUGCUUCAAAUUCUGAUGUCUUGGAGGGCCACUGGCCUGAGAGCAACGGACAGAUGCCAAGUGAGUGGAUGGAAUCUAGAAUGCAGCAGAUGCUAAUCAAUAGUGAGAGACAGAAAAGGGAUAUAGAGGUCAGAAGGGCCCCAGAAGAUUCAAGUUUAUGGAUGUCGGCUGGCACAAAUGAGGACAGUUCAAAACGGUUACUCAUGGAACUGCUUCAUCAGAAAUCAGGACAUCAGUCAACUGAGCCAGUAGAUUUGAUAAGUGGAAUGCCUUCUGAUAGAAGACCUCCUCCUGGUCCUUAUUCUGCUACUAGCUCUUCAAACCAUUCGCUUAGUCAUCUUUCAGAGCAAGAAGCAGCUUUGAAUCAAUCAUUUGCUCUCGGGUCUUAUGGUUUGAAUCCAGGUGGGCUCCCACAGGCUCGUGGAGCUGAAGUGGCUGGUUCUGUGGAGGGUGUUGAAAGAUUGCCUUUUAGAUCCAAUUCUGCUGCACUGAUUGAUGGAGAUGCUGUCUCCUCUGGUGUCAACAGUCUUUCACAGGGUUCAGCUUCAGAGGUUCGAGAUGAUAUGUGUGAGCCAGUAUCUAUGGCUUCGCUGGAUAGAGCAGAAAUGCCUGUUAAUAUUCUUAGCAGACACUCCUCUUUUAGUAGUGCAGGUGGUAAUUCGGGAUUCUACGGUGAAAAGAUUGGAGCAUUCGAUCCCUUUUCAGAUGAUCUUGCCAAGGACCGGGGCCAAUUGUCUGCAUCAAGACGGCCUGAAAAUAUCUUGCUGAAACGCCCCCCCGUCUCGCGGACAACAUCGUCCCAGGAAGGUUUGGCAGAGCUUAAUUCUGAUUCAGGAAUCAGGGGGAAAAUGCCUCCAAAUGUUGUACCACCAGCUGAAGGAGGUAGGCUUGAAGGAACUGCCAAUCAGGGAAACCAAGCUGUGGAUAUUCACACAUCUGGGAAGAAAGAUGCACGAUACAGGCGCACUGCGUCUUUAAGUGAUGCUGAUGUUUCAGAGACCUCAUUUAGCGACAUGCUCAAGAGCAGUACCAAGAAGCCAGCCCCUCAAGAGAGUAGUACUCAAGGAUUUGGUGCUCCAGAUUCAGCUGAAGGACAGGGUGUUCGGAGCAACAAAAAGAAGGGAAAGAAAGGUAGACAAAUUGACCCUGCAUUACUUGGGUUCAAGGUUACAAGCAACCGUAUAAUGAUGGGAGAAAUUCAGCGUAUAGAAGAUUGA